AUGGCAACCGAGGGGCUGCAGGAGAACGAGACCCUGGCAUCGCUGAAAAACGAGGCCGAGAGCCUGAAGGGCAAGCUGGAGGAGGAGCGGGCCAAGCUGCACGACGUGGAGCUUCAUCAGGUGGCAGAGCGUGUGGAGGCGCUGGGCCAGUUUGUGAUGAAGACCAGGAGGACCCUGAAGGGCCAUGGAAAUAAAGUUCUCUGUAUGGACUGGUGCAAAGACAAGAGAAGAAUUGUGAGCUCUUCCCAGGAUGGGAAGGUGAUCGUGUGGGAUUCCUUCACUACCAACAAGGAACAUGCCGUGACGAUGCCGUGUACCUGGGUGAUGGCGUGUGCCUAUGCCCCGUCUGGAUGUGCCAUUGCUUGUGGUGGCCUGGACAACAAGUGUUCUGUGUACCCUCUGACAUUUGACAAAAAUGAAAAUAUGGCUGCAAAGAAGAAGUCGGUUGCAAUGCAUACAAACUACUUGUCUGCCUGCAGCUUCACUAACUCAGACAUGCAGAUCCUGACAGCAAGUGGAGAUGGAACCUGUGCCCUGUGGGAUGUUGAGAGCGGGCAGCUUCUACAGAGUUUCCAUGGUCAUGGAGCUGAUGUCCUGUGCCUGGACCUGGCCCCUUCUGAAACAGGAAAUACAUUUGUCUCUGGGGGAUGUGACAAGAAAGCCAUGGUUUGGGAUAUGCGGUCUGGUCAGUGCAUCCAGUCAUUUGAAACCCAUGAUUCAGAUAUCAACAGUGUCAGAUAUUACCCAAGUGGAGAUGCUUUUGCCUCUGGUUCAGACGAUGCCACGUGUCGUUUGUAUGACCUUCGUGCAGACAGAGAAGUCGCAAUUUAUUCCAAAGAGAGCAUAAUUUUUGGAGCAUCCAGUGUGGACUUCUCUCUCAGCGGUCGCCUCCUGUUUGCAGGCUAUAAUGAUUACACCAUAAAUGUCUGGGACGUGCUGAAAGGGUCCCGUGUAUCCAUUCUGUUUGGACAUGAAAAUCGUGUCAGCACCUUGCGGGUCUCUCCCGAUGGGACGGCGUUUUGCUCGGGCUCCUGGGACCACACUCUCCGAAUCUGGGCUUAACCUGAGAUCCUAUACACAGAAUCAAAUGAAGACUGAUACCCUGGACUACAACAACUGCAUAAAAAAGCCACCCCUCAAAAUCAAAUACUUGCUGCACCACAAAAGAGUGACACUGAGCCCACAGAUUAACACAGCUAGGUAGAAAAUGUAAUCUGCUUCAACACACAGCAAACAUCAACGUGUAGUAAAAUUAAAUGUUUUUAAUUUUGUUUUGAAACUAUCUUCUUUUAUUAGAACUAGUUUAGAUAAUUAUAAAGGGACUUUUCUCUUAAGUCACCUGUAUCAUAGAAAUGAGUAUUUCAGUGCACAUUAUGUAUUUAUUUGCAUGAAUUGAGUUCCUUUUUAAAGUAAAACAAAAAAAAAAUAGAAAAAAAGAAAAAAUAUUCCUGAUUUUAUCAGGAUGUAGCAUAGGACUUUGGAAACAUUCCGUAAUAGUGCAUUGAAUUUUGGUGUUGGAAAGUGGAAAGAAAAACAAUUCUGAUAGAUUAUGAUGGCGUUAUGGAUGACUGAACCUGGCUAGUAAGUAGAGGAGCAAAGGACCUACUGUGAAGGUACUGGCUGUUGUCAUAAAAAGGUAUUUUUUGUACAAAAAAAGGAAUCCUUUCAAUCCCUGGUUUUUCCUACCGUCUUUUUAGAUAGUAAAUAAUAUUUCAUCUCUGUUACCUGAAUAUAAAGAAUCUAAAUAUAUACAAAAUGAUAAACUGCAAAGAUGAGGGAUAUAAACAUGAUUUACAUAAUCAUGAGGUAAUACUUAACCAGUAGUUUCUUAGAAAUUUUUAAUUGUAUCACUUGGUGAGUGAAUUUUCUUUUACUUAAAGGAAUACUACAUGCUAAGCACUAAGGGAUACUACACGCUAAGCACUAAGCACCGUUGGAUGGACUGAUGGUCAAAUCUUUUCCAAGUCAGUCACAAGCAUUCUAUGAUCAUGAUUCUUAUUUGCACUUUGAGCAGCUCAUACCACUUUGGCAGGGCAACGUAGCUUAAAUGCGUAUUAAGGCAGAAUAUGCCCGUGUUAAGGCCCUUCUGCAAUGUCAGGCCCAGCUGGUGCUGUGGAAUUAAGAUUUAACCAGAUAAAGCUGAGAUGCAGUUAAUUAUAGAACUAUUGGGAAAUUAUAUCUGCAUUUAUACAUCAAAAACCAUUGAGACAAGAGUGUGUGACAUCUGCUCUCGCUGAUGGGUCUGACCUGAGCAGAGGCACGGGGGGAGCAAAGUGCUGGAGUUGCUGCUGGGGGCUUGCAGGGUCGGGCCUUUGAAAAGCAAGUGGUGAGAUACGUUGCUGAAAAGAUCAAAGAUAAUGAUUUAUAUUUAGAUCGAAACAAGAAAACAAACUCAUUUGAGUCAUCUUUAUCGCUGGAUCACUGGAGCUGGCUGUUUGCGUAAGUUUGAUGAUAAUAUCCUCAUUCUGUUUUAAAGUGGGUUUUUUUUACAAUCCUAUAAAAAUUGUAUUAGAAACAAAGUCUCCUCAUUCAUAAAAACAUUAGGGUCCAUGAAUCCAUAACCAAUUAACCUAAGAUGCUGACAUUUGUAUCAGCCUUCGGUCCCUAAGGAAGUAGUUCAGCUGUUUUGACUUGGAAAAGUCAGCUCUGAUGCUUUGCAAUAUUUGUGGCAAGCUAUCCCUGUAACAAACUGACUGCACUAUGGAAAUGUUGUAUAGAGCUCACUGUGCAAUACUGAGUCAAUACACUGUACACGUUUGAUCAAAAGAUUAAUAUUAAUGUUUAGAUUGUAUUUAUUGGUAAGAUGUUUGUUUCAAACAUACUACAUUGUGUUGAUACUUAUGAAUGGCCUAAAACCAAUAAAUUGUAUUUUACAUAUUGAGAA